CGGAUGAAUGAGCCUUUGAAAUAAUGAUAAAACGGCGGUGUUUUCUGGAUUCUGAUUAAGACUGUGGGAAAUUCACAAUAAGAUAAAUAUAAGUGCAAGAUUUGAUUGACAGCCACACAUCGCCCUGACAAGAGUUAGCCCCAGCUCAGACAUGGACGAUGUCCAGGGAUCGUACCGGACGACGGUCAGUGUGACCGGGCCGGAUGAUGAAGACGAGAAGAAAGCUAAUGGCGUCGAGAUGAAGAACCUCCUGGAUGAUGAGGAGGAGCCGCAGGUCGUUCCCAGUGGAAUGAAACGCAGCGAUACGGCCGACCUCCUCAAUCUCACUUUACACCAGUGUGCCCGUAAUGGAGACACCCGCAGCAUGGAGAUUCUGCUGAAGUCCAUUACAGGAAACGUCAGGAAGAAAAUAAACAUGCGGGAUGAGGAGGGCGUGACGGCUAUGCAUUACGCCGCUCGCUACAAUCAGUACGAAAUCGUCAAACUCCUACACAACUUCGGGGCAGAUAUAAAUUCCCUCGAUGAGGAGGCUUUAACUCCAUUGCACUAUGCAGCUCGUUACAAGAGAGAGAAACAGAGGAGAGGAUCCGAGCUCGUGCUGGAGGAUCGAGAGAUGAAUGCAAUACCUAGCAGCCAAUCGGAGGGUGAGCUGGCCAAACAGGAUGUUGUGGUCAUAUACCUCAUAAAGAACGGAGCGGACAUGAACAGGGGAGAUAAGUAUGGAUUAACUCCCCUACAUUACGCAGCGAUGAGAGGGAACGAGCUCGCCACAAAGGAACUACUGCAGUUUGAAGGCAUCAACAUUGAGGCUGAAGACAAGCAGGGCAUGACGGCGUUACACAUGGCUGCCACCCAUAACCAUGUAGAGAUAGCCAGGAUGUUGAUUAAUGCUGGAGCCCAGCUUAGAUGUAAAGAUAAUGAGGACCUUACCCCCCUCCAUUGUGCGGCGUCGGAGGGAAACAUUGAGAUCGUACAGCUCUUGUUCCAGGCCGGGGCUAAACAAGAUGGCUGGGUCACCAUCUCAAAUAUGGUGACGGACAGGGACUGCGAUCAGAACACCUGUUUACACCUGGCGGUAGAGAACGGACAUUACGAUGUGGUUAAACUCUGUCUGGAGAAGCGGUCAGAUGUCAACACCCCCAGUAGUAACUAUAUGUACCCCCUCCACCUGGCAGCCAAAGCAGGGGAUAUCAGGUGUGUGAAGUUGCUGGUACGUAACCACGCCAGAAUAGACGCCCUGAACGACGAGAUGGCCACGCCCCUUCACAUUGCUGCAGGCUUCAACCACAAGGAUGUAGUCGAGUUCCUCAUUGAAAUGAAAGCUCCUAUGGAGAAGCGAGACAGAGACAACUACACCCCACUUCUGAUGGCAGCAUAUUCAGGUCACGCCGAGUCGCUGGACGCUCUUCUGAAGAAAGGCGCAGAUUAUGAAGCGGUGGAUAAAAACGACAAGACGGCUGUGUACCUUGCAGCAGAGGAAGACAAACUCGAGGCACUCAAGACGAUGCUGGCCUACCCUGACGUCAGGCGACUUGUGGACGUUGGAGAUCGCUAUGACAACCACCCUCUACACAUUGCAGCUCAGGAAGGCUAUCUGGGUAUUGUUAGGUGUCUGAUUGAAAACGGCGCUGACUUAGAUUGUAAAAAUGAAGAAGAACAAACUCCAUUACAUCUGGCAGCUAAAAAUGGUAGAACCAAUGUUGUGCGAGAGAUGGUGAUUCGUGAUCACUCAUCUGUGAAUGAUGAAGACGAGGACUCUAACACAGCUCUACAUCUCGCCACGCUUCAUGGUCACACUAAAGUCGCGAUGAUCCUCAUCAAAAACGGGGCGGACGUCGCUGCCAGAAACUCUGUGUUAUGGACUCCCCUUGAUUGUGCAGCUGCUAAGGGUUGGUUAAAAACAGUCAAAUGUUUGUUGGACGCUGAUGCCCAGGUGGACCCUAUGGAUAAAACGAAGACCACCCCCCUUCAUUUGGCGUCUCGAUACGGACAUGCUGAUGUAGUGAAGUGUUUGCUAGAACACAACGCUAACGUAUCACAAAGAGACACGGACGGGAACAACUGUCUGGACCUGGCUAUCGACAACAAUAAGACUGAUGUUGCGUCGGUUAUCAUAAACAGUGAUAAAUGGGAGGAGGCAAUGAGGAACGAGACCCCUGACAUAGCGACGGGGUUACGUACCACACCCAUGAGGAAACUCAUCAAGAAAAUGCCAGAUGUGGCAGAGGAAGCGUUUCUACGUUGUAUGACAACAAACAAUAAAAACCCAGAACACCCGGACUACAAAUGUACAUUUAAUUACGAGUUCCUGGAUGAUACCUACUCUAACUGGACCGAGGGAGGGACAAGUGAGGGGUCAGGAUCAGGGAGUGUGUAUAACGAGGACUUCACUCUGAACGUGUCUGCCCGACCCUACACAUCCGACUCCAGUGAAUUAAAGAACAACCAUCCACUCAUAAUAAUGGUGAACUCAAAGCGAGAAGACCUCUUGGCUCAUCCAUUGGUGAAUGCUUUACUUCGUCACAAGUGGAACAGCUUUGGGCGGACAUUCUACUACAUCAACUUUCUUAUCUACGCCAUCUUUCUGGUCUUUCUCACGGGCUAUGUCGUGCAGACUGACCCUCCAUUUGAAGUAUAUGAAGAAUUAAAGAAAAAUGACUCAAGCAUAACAUCAAGUACUCCAGAAAAGACUGCAUGUGAAAAAGCUCUAACUCUCCAUGACCCCAGCAAAGAUAUGUUUGACCAACCACUUUUUGCUACAAUUGGAAAAUAUGUCAUCAUGGGUUUGGCUGCCUGGAAUUUGCUCAGAGAGCUGUUACAAAUCUACCAGGCCAAGCUCCAGUACCUGGGCUUUGAGAACCUGAUAGAGUGGGUGACCUAUGUGUGUGCCUUACUCCUCGUUAUUGACUUUGAGAGUUGUCAGAAGUCCACAGGAUUCAGAUUUACCUGGCAGUGGUCGGUGGGGGCCGUGGCGAUCUUCCUCUGUUGGAUUAAUCUGGUUCUUUUCCUCCAGAAGUUCCCCCGAUUUGGAAUCUACGUUGUCAUGUUUAAGGACAUCCUUAACACCUUCAUGCAGUUCGCCAUUGUCUUCUUUCUGUUUAUCGUGGCCUUUGGUUUGGGAUUCUACUGUCUACUGCAAAGCCAGGAUGCUUUUGCGACGGUCUGGGAGUCUCUGAUUAAGACUACUGUGAUGAUGAUAGGAGAGUAUGAGUAUGAGAAUAUCUUCUACGGGACACAGCUGGACUACUACCCAGAGAUUACAUACAUCAUGUUUGUCGUGUUCAUGAUCCUCAUGUCCAUCAUAAUCAUGAACUUACUGGUUGGUUUGGCUGUAGACGACAUUAAAGCCGUACAGGAACAGGCGGCCCUUAAGAGGAUGGCUAUGCAGGUUGAUUUAGCCUUGGAUGUAGAGAGGGUGGUACCAGAAUUUAUAAGGCGACGGUUCGUGGCAAAGUGUGACACUUACCGACCAAACAGGAAGACUUUGAACCCCCUGAAGCUUCUGGCUCGAGCCGAGGCAGGGGAUCUGUCCUCACAGGCGAUCUCUAAAGCCCUGGACCCAGAUCUGGAUGAGAUAGAGAAGGUCAUGGAGACCCAAGAAAAGUUACAGAAAGACAUGAGUAAGCUGAAGGGUGGAGUUAAAAAUAUCCGUGAACAGAGCGCCCGACUGGAGGGCAUGCUCAGAGUUCUCCUGGAGCACUCGGGGGUCACAGACUUCAACGAGGAGGACUUCCAGGACAGAGACUGAGAGGGGGACCAUCUCAAAGGGAAAAAACUUACAAAGGAGCUCAAAAGGGGGCAUCUCCAAAUCUCUUUAUUGUUUUGUUAUUGUUGUACAUUAAUGUGUUAUUAUUAUGGCUCUAUAGCUAAGUUUGAUAUUUACCACUCAUUAGUAUCCUAUCUAAAGGAAAUAUAACUCUGUCAAGACUAAACCCAGAGUUGCAUCCCUUCUCUCAGUAAAGCCAGGCAAGUGAUUAUAAUUACACAGUGGAACUCUUGCUGUGAGAAUCAGAUUCAUGUUUUUAGGGAGGAGUGAAAUCAAUGCAAUAUUUGAUAUUCUGAAACAGUUAUUCGUGUAAAUAGAAUAUUAAAGGGUAAAAGUAUUAAUGUAACCAGAUGCUAUUUUUUGACUUUAAUUAAUUAUCUUUUUUUUUGCUCAUACAUUCUAUAUUAAGGUAAGUAGAAUAUAAUUGUCCUAUGUACAUGCAGUUGUUAUUAAAGUGUAAUCAUUGUUUUGUAUUUAUUGUGAUAACAGCAUAUUUGAAAUAGGUUUUCUUAUUUCACUAU